AUGGGCUCUCUCGACACCGCGUUGGCGAUGAAAAUCAAAACAUUCACCUUGGAUGAUAUCCCCAACGCUAUCGCCAUGAACUACGCCGCUUUUCCAGGCGCAGAAUCGCAGAAGAUGAUGCCAGACACGGCCGGGGCCCGGCAGUGGUGGCUCGACGUCUACCGGCACGACUAUGUGAACCGGCGGCAGCACUCACAGUUCGUCAAAGUCGUGGAGACUGUUGGGGGAUCUAUGGUUGCGUACGCUCGCUGGGACCGAGCCAGCCUUGAAGAGCGAGGGCCACGGUAUCCCGCGUGGCAUGCGGAUAUGAAUCACGCAGCGUGCAAUCAGUUCAUAGAACAUUCCGAUGGGACUAGGAAACGGAUCAUGGGGGCGGAUCCGCAUUAUUUUCUGGACACAGUUGUCACGCAUCCGGAUCACCAGGGCAAGGGGGCCGGAUCGAUGCUGGUCAAAUGGGGCUGUGAUCUGGCUGACCAGGAGGGAGUUGCUGCGUAUGUGGAUGCUUCUGAGGAAGGGGCAUCAUUGUACAAGAGAUUUGGAUUUGAAGCUCGCCGUACUCCGGAUAACGAGUAUGCGGUGUUGGUUCGAAAGGCAAGAUCAGUUUGA